GCCAUGCGGGGGGCGGCCGCGCUGGCGCUGCUGCUGGGCGCGCUGCGGGCGGCGCGCGGCCAGGACUACGACUACUACGGCUGGCCGGCCGAGCCGCUGCACGGCCGCGCCUACGCCAAGCCGCCGCAGUGCCUGGACAUCCCCGCCGACCUGCCGCUCUGCCACACGGUGGGCUACAAGCGCAUGCGGCUGCCCAACCUGCUGGAGCACGAGAGCCUGGCCGAGGUGAAGCAGCAGGCCAGCAGCUGGCUGCCGCUGCUGGCCAAGCGCUGCCACUCGGACACGCAGGUCUUCCUCUGCUCGCUCUUCGCGCCCGUCUGCCUCGACCGCCCCAUCUACCCGUGCCGCUCGCUGUGCGAGGCCGUGCGCGCCGGCUGCGCGCCGCUCAUGGAGGCCUACGGCUUCCCCUGGCCCGAGAUGCUGCACUGCCACAAGUUCCCCCUGGACAACGACCUCUGCAUCGCCGUGCAGUUCGGCCACCUGCCCGCCACCGCGCCCCCAGCGGCCCGGAUCUGCGCACAGUGUGAGAUGGAGCACAGCGCGGAUGCCCUCAUGGAGCAGAUGUGCUCCAGCGACUUUGUGGUCAAGAUGCGCAUCAAGGAGAUCAAGAUAGAGAACGGGGACCGGAAGCUGAUCGGAGCCCAGAAAAAGAAGAAGCUGCUCAAGCCAGGGCCCCUGAAGCGCAAGGACACCAAGAGGCUGGUGCUGCACAUGAAGAGCGGCGCGGGCUGCCCCUGCCCGCAGCUGGACAGCCUGGCCGGCAGCUUCCUGGUCCUGGGCCGCAAGGUGGACGGGCAGCUGCUGCUCAUGGCCGUCUACCGCUGGGACAAGAAGAAUAAGGAGAUGAAGUUCGCCGUCAAGUUCAUGUUUUCCUACCCCUGCUCCCUCUACUACCCCUUCUUCUAUGGGGCGGCUGAGCCCCACUAGGGGGCAACCCUCCUGCCCGCCCGCCCGGCCUGCAGCACCCCCCGCUAUCCUGCCCACCUGCCCCGGCCCAGGGGAGGGCAGCUUCCUGUAGAGCUGUGAGGUCUGACUCUAGGGAAGGGUCUACCGGGCUGCAUUGAGGGUGUCUGGGGUCCCCGAGGGACUUCCCUCUCAUCUGGGGAGAAACGUGGGGGUCUCAGGAAGGGAGGACAGCUCGGGGGUCCUGAGGAGCAGUUUGAGCGUGGACCGUGGUCUCAGCAUCCCCAGGGUGAGGGUCUCCUUGGAGGCGGCUCCUCCUGUGUCCACCUCUUUCGCAGGGGGGGACUUUAGGGCCACCAUGUCCCCAGUCACACCCCUGCUGCAGAGACCCAGCCCAGACCCCCUGCAGGGCUCACCCUGCGGUCCUUCC